GACCCACUGAGUCAUCUUGUCUGUAUGUGUUUGCUUGUGGUUCUGUAUGUGUGUCAGUAACAGAUAAAGCGUGUAGAGUGCGGAGCGCUGUGUCAGAAUACGGUUUCCUGGCUUGAGGAGCAGACUGUGCGUUAUCAUCUGUCAUUCCAACCCCCAGAUAUGAGGCUUUGCUCCUGGGCUGGACCCCAGUGUUUUGUGCCUUUCCUGGUUCUUCUGGCUGUUCUUCCACGUGUCACAGCAGACCAGGACAACCCCAAGGAGAGACAUUACUAUGUGGCUGCUGUUGAGAUUGACUGGAACUACUUGGGCAAGGAUUCUCGUGGGAACGAUUCCACCUAUAAGAAAGUAGUCUUUAGGGAGUAUGAGAAAGACUUCAAGCAGCCCAAGACUCAUCCCCUCUGGCUAGGUCUGCUGGGUCCAACACUGAGGGCUCAGGAGGGAGAGACCAUUGUGGUCACUUUCAGGAACAUGGCGGACCGGGAAUACAGCCUCCACCCACAUGGAAUCGCUUACGGCAAACAGUCAGAGGGGGCUCCGUAUUUUGACAACACCUCUCUGAAGGAGAAGGAGGACGAUGUGGUGCGCCCUGGUGCUGAGCACACGUAUUACUGGGAGGUCACCUCCAACGUAGCUCCGCAGAAAGCCGACCCCGCCUGCCUCACCUACACCUAUGUCUCUCACCUGAACGUGGUGAAAGACUACAACAGUGGCCUCAUCGGCACCUUGUUGCUCUGCAAGCCAGGCAGUCUAAAUGAGUUCGGCGAGCAAGUGCAUUUCCCACAGGAGUAUGUGUUCCUGUUCGGGGUGUUUGACGAGAAAGAGAGCUGGUUCACCCCAGCAGGCUACUCCUCAAGCAACCACGUGAUGCACACUAUCAAUGGAUAUGCCGCGGGCUCCCUACCAGAUGUCGACAUCUGUGCUCACAGCACCGUGAGUCUGCAUCUGGUGGGCAUGAGCUCCGAGCAGGAGGUGUUCUCUGUGCACAUGAACGGCCAAGUGCUGCAGCACCGGGGCCACAAGAUGUCCACCGUGGGGCUGGUAAGCGGCUCGGCCACCACUGGCAGCAUGAGGGCCGUUCACCCAGGCCGCUGGCUCCUGUCCUCACAGACCAACAAGCACAUGGAAGCCGGCAUGCAUGGCUUUGUGGAUGUGAGGACUUGCAAGGGCUUCAAAGCUAACCGACGUAGGUUGACCAUAGAGCAGCAGCGCCACAGCAAGGAGUGGACGUAUUACAUCGCCGCUGAGGAGAUCAUGUGGAACUACGCCCCCAAAAUGCCAGCAUACAUUGACGAGGACUUCAAGGUCAAUUACCUUGACCAGGGUAACCACAGAAUAGGCGGGACUUACAAAAAGGCUGUCUAUACACAGUACACAGAUGAAACCUUCACCGUGAGGUCAGAGGAAAAGCAGAGAAAAGCAGAGGUCGGCAUACUGGGCCCUGUGAUCAGGGCCCAGAUCAGGGAUGUCAUCAAGGUCGUCUUUAAGAACAUGGCUUCCAAACCCUACAGCAUCUACCCACAUGGGCUGACCAUCGAGAAGUCACAAGAGGGAGCGACGUAUCCUGAAGGAGGCAAUCAGACCCAUGCUGUUCAGCCAGGUCAGACACACCAUUAUGAGUGGAAAGUGGUGGACGAAGAUGAGCCCCUGGAUACAGACGCACGGUGCCUGACCUACCUGUACCACAGUGCAGUGGAUACACCCCGGGACAUCGCCUCUGGGCUGAUAGGACCCCUCCUCAUCUGCAAGAGUCAGUCUCUGAAUGUCAGGAAUGUACAGCUUAAAGCAGACAAGGAGCAGCAUGCCAUGUUCAUGGUGUUUGAUGAGAACAAGAGCUGGUACCUAGAUGACAAUAUUCAAAGCACAUGUGGGGGAGAAACUGUGAACAAGGCAGAACCAGGCUUUUAUAAGUCAAAUGUCAUGCACACGAUUAAUGGUUAUGUGUUUGAGAGCGGUCAACUUUUGGGAUUUUGUAAUGGGGAAAUUGCAACUUGGCAUGUGUCAAGUGUUGGAGCACAGGACUACAUUCAGUCUGUUACCUUCUAUGGCCACACAUUUAAUCUCAAUGACCGCACUGAAGACAUCCUUGGACUCUACCCAAUGACAGGGGAAACUAUCUUCAUGAACAUGGACAAUAUUGGGGUCUGGUUGCUCGCGACUCUGAACUCCCAUGGGUCAACCAAGGGCAUGCGAGUGAGAUUCCAAGAUGUGGAGUGUUACCGUGACUAUGAAUACGAGUACACUGACUACAACGAGCCAAACAAAGAAUUUGCUGUGUGGAAACCCGCCACUUUGGCAGAAAUCGACAAGGAGGAUGAAUUAAAAAAGAAGCAAGAGAUGGAAGAGAAGAAAGAUGCAGUGGUUGAUAGUUACACAGACUAUUACGCAGGCUUACUAGGCCUGAGAUCUCUAAAGAAGCAAAUCAGGGAUUCAGAUGUCGAGCAGAUAGACUUCUCCUUCCUUGACUUUGAUGCAGUUGAUGUUCCAGAGCAAGAUUCAACAACUUUUUCUGGUAUCCAAACUACCGCUACAAAGACGGAUAUGGAGAAAAGCAACAUCAUGAAAGAGCCAGACUCAAUUCCAAUGAGUCAAAAUGAGACAUUGUCAGCUCAGCAAGAGAUAUACAAAACAAACCUAACCGCUUAUAUUCUAAACCAAAGCAAGAGUGAAACUGCCACAUGGAUAAAGAAUAGCAGCGCAAGUAUUGACACUAAUGUCUCACGAAGCAAAGACAACAUAUCCACCAACCACAGUAUGCCUACAAACCUUUUGCCCAUAAACAGCACUUUUAUUCCUGAGACAGCACAUGCAAUACUUAAUAAUACCACUAUACCUUUGAUAUCUGGGGCUACCAAUAUUAGCAUGACCUCAAAAACAAAUGUGAGUUACACUUUUAAAGCUGAGGGAAUUAAUUCAACUCAGACCAUGGGUAACAAGACCUCUGAACGCAUCAUUCAGACAGAGAACAUACCUGAAGUGUUUUCUUAUGUCGUGACUCCUCAAGGUCCCACUUCCAAUGGUAGUAAUGAAAUGGUUCGGCUGGAUAUAGAGGACCAGACAGGGUCUGCCUUGAUUGGGGAGUCUGAGAUAGAGCGAGGCGGCCAGCAGGGGACUUUUGGAGAUGGCAUAAAUGCUACAGUCUUGCCAGAGAUCAAUGCAUCUUCUAUCAAUGACACAGAUACAUUUUAUAAUGUGACACAGUUAACAAAGGAUAUAUUGUCCAACGUUAGAGAGGAGGCCAUCAGUGAGGAAAUGCAUAAUCAUACCAGAAGAAAGGUGGAUCGCUUGGUCAUGAAUAUGACCAAGCCUUUUGGAGAUGGGAUAAAUGCUACAGUCUUGCCAGAGAUCAAUGCAUCUUCUAUCAAUGACACAGAUACAUUUUAUAAACUGACACAGUUAACAAAGGAUAUUUUGUCUAAUGUUAUUGAGGAGGCCAUUGGUUAUGCAUUUUUUUCCAAAAAGAAAAUGCAUAAACCAACCAGAAGCAUGGUUGAGAUCAAGGUGGAGGAUACCAUGAAUAUGACCAAGACAAACGACUCGAUGCACACAGUGACCAAGACAGAGGACAGAAAUCAAAGAUAUUCCUUUGGAAAUGAAACAAUUCCAGAAAGUUCCAUUCAUGACGGUUUAAAUUUUGAAAAUGAUUCAAAUAACGUGACUAAAACUUUGACCUCACAUAAUGACAAAAUAAGUACAUCAAUAUAUCAUUCAGCAGAGCAAAUGAGCUCUAACCAAAGCAAAAGUUGGGAUGCCUUCCUUGACCAGUUCAAUUCAUUGAAAAGUUUCCUCAAUGAGAAUUUAAUCUCUGGCUCCCCCGCACAAAACAGUAACCAGUUUCCAGAAACCAGCGAUGUGGAUCUGAGCGACUCAGUAAGCUCUGAGGAAAUCGUAAUCUACCUUCAAAACCACAGUUCAAAUGCCAUCAGAACCAGCCGCUUAGACCCACAGGGACACAACUGGACCUAUGAUGGGACACACCAAACUGUUCCUUUGAUGAUCCCUUAUGAACAUGUCAAGUAUCACGGUUACGAUGCCCCUCUUCCUGAAGCUCAGACGACCUCUACCCCCAUAAAGAAGCCUAAGACGAAGAAGGUGAACCUCCGCCAACUACCACAGAAAGGCCGGAGCAUGAAAACUAAGAAGAGGAAGGAAUUCAAGCCCCAGCCCAGGAGUGGCCCGCCGGUCUCUCCUCCGGGAUUCAACCCAGGAAUGUCCCCCCGCGGGAUGCGACCCAAUGGGCCGCAGAUACAGCCCGUCUCUAGCACAGAGGACCUGAUCAACAUACCGGUGGUCAUCGGUGUUCCCCGGCCGGACUGGAGCGACUAUGAGCUGUAUGUUCCCAGUGACAAUCGGGACAAUCUUAUUGACCUUCGUGAUGAUUCCAAGCAAGACGAGUAUGAAUAUGUAUCCUAUAAAGACCCAUAUGGCAGCAAAGACGACAUGAUGAGUUUCACUCUGGAUGAAGUCACCAAGUACUACCUUAAAACUGUGGGCAAGAAUGUGAGGACUUAUUUCAUAUCUGCUGAGGAGGUGGAGUGGGACUAUGCUGGUUAUGGACAGAGGAGGCCAGAAAAGACACUCCAAACAAGGCGGGAGACAAAGUUCACCAAGGUGGUGUUCCGGGAGUACAUUGACAGUACAUUCACUACCCCAAUCCUUCGUGGGGAGAUGGAGGAGCACUUGGGCAUCCUUGGGCCGCUUAUCAAGGCAGAGGUUGGACAGAGCAUUAUGGUAGUGUUCAGGAACAGGGCCAGCCGUCCAUACUCAAUGCACCCAAAUGGAGUAACCUAUACCAAGCUAACUGAGGGGUUGUCCUAUGAGGAUGAAUCCAAAUACUGGUAUAAGUUUGACAAUGAGGUUCAGCCCAACACCACCUUCACAUACUUGUGGGAGGUACGCGAGAUGGCGGGUCCAAUGCCCGGCGAGUCCUCCUGCCGUACCUGGGCAUACUACUCGGGUGUCAAUCCUGAAAGAGAUAUCCACUCUGGUUUAAUUGGGCCUCUGCUGGUCUGUCGGAAAGAUACCCUGAACACCAAGCUGGUUGAUGUGAGGGAGUUUGUGCUCCUGUUCAUGACCUUUGAUGAGUCUCAGAGCUGGUACUAUGAGAAGAAUUCUGAGAUGAGGAGGAGGAGGAAGGGUCGAGUAGGUGGAAGAACAUUAGAUCCCAACCUCAAAGAGAAGCUUCAGUUUCAUUCCAUCAACGGCAUUAUAUUCAGCCUGAAGGGACUAAGGCUUUACACCAAGCAGCUGGCAUUCUGGCACCUGAUUAACAUGGGUUCUCCCAAGGACGUUCACACUGUCCACUUCCACGGACAGACCUUCACCCAAAUGAACACCAACAGCUACCGGCAGGCUGUGUACCCACUGCUGCCUGGCGGCUUUGCAACUCUAGAGAUGUGGCCAUCCAAGCCUGGUCUGUGGCAGCUGGAUACAGAGGUGGGCGCCAUCCAACAGAAGGGAAUGCAGACCCUGUUCCUGGUCCUUGACAAUGAAUGUUCCAAUCCUCUGGGUCUCGAGUCCGGGAGUGUGAAAGACAGCCAGAUCACAUCCAACCACGUUAGAGGGUACUGGGAGCCACAUUUGGCCCGACUGAAUAAGCAGGGUAAAUACAACGCUUGGAGUACAGAUGAGGACAACAGUUGGAUUCAGGUGGAUUUCCUGCGGCCAGUGGUGAUAAGCCAGGUGGCCACCCAGGGAGCCAAACAGAUGUUUCAUUCCCAGUACGUGGUCAACUACACCAUCUCCUACAGCACAGACCGCAGAAGCUGGAUCUUCUUCAAGGGUGACAGCCCAUCAUUUAGAAAGAAUUUCCCAGGAAACAAUGAUGCUAAUGGUGUGGAAAAGCAAAUACUGUUCCCUCCUUUGAUUGGACGCUACGUUAGAUUCCACCCAAACCACUGGUAUAACAGAGCCACUGUCCGCAUGGAGAUGUACGGUUGUGAGCUUGAUGGUUGCUCUGUGCCUCUGGGUAUGGAGGACGGACUGAUCAAGGACCAUCAGAUCACGGCCAGCUCCAGAGCCACCAGCUGGUUUGGUGGUCCCUGGAACCCAUCUCUCGCUCGCCUCAACUUACAGGGAACGGUCAAUGCCUGGCAAGCUUUGAAUGCGGACAUGAACCAGUGGCUUCAGAUAGAAUUGACCGAGGUCAAGAAGAUCACAGGCAUCAUCACGCAGGGAGCAAAAUCUAUGGGCAAAGAGAUGUAUGUCGUCUCCUUUACCCUGGAAUACAGUGAGGACGGCGUACGCUGGACGCAAUACACAGACGACGAGGAAUACACAUCGAGGAGGUUUAUCGGGAACACGGAUAACAAUGGCCCUGUGAGGAACUACAUCUACCCACCCAUCUUCUCCCGGUUCAUCCGGGUCAUUCCCACGAGCUGGAAGAGCUCCAUCACCAUGCGAAUGGAGUUGCUCGGCUGUGACUUUGAGUAACAGACUCAUGCACCUUAUGUGAAAAUAUGAAUGCCUAUAACAUGUGACAGAUGUGUGUCGAUGACAUAGGACAUUGGACAAGACGAAGAAGCUUUCAGCUGGGAGUCAAACAGCAUGCCAAUAGAGUCAUCGGAGCAAGAGAUUCUAGCCACUUUAUCUCCUCAAUAAAUACACACUUUUGCAUUCAGUUAACUAAACCCAAUAAACAACACAACAAGACCACGCAAACAAAAUUCCUAUUUUAAAGUCAAUGUCGUUUAGAUGUUGAAGCCUGACAGUAUUUCAAUGGAAUAAAUGUCUUAAAUUAGCCAGAAAAUGAAUGCAUUGACAUCCCGGUUACUGAUGAUAUUGAAAGCAUCACCAAAACCAUGCAUAGUUUUAAAACAUAGUUUAUGACAUGAAGAUUUAUGUAUGUUUAUAAUUUUGCAACCUACUCGCUUGCUGUUGUCAUAUUCCAGAACGACAGAAUUUAUAAUCAACUGAAACACUGCAUGGAGAGUUGUUUGUAUUAUGAAAGCAUCUUAAGGAAUAUGGAUGAAUGUAUAAAUGUUGGUCUCAACAGUU